GAAGGAAAGACGAGAGAAAGGAUGGAAAGAGAGGACAGAAGGAAGGGAAGAGGAAGAAAGGAAAGAGGGAGGAGGUGAGAGGAAGGAAGGAGAGAAAGGAAGGAGGAAGGAAAGAGAGGAAGGCAAGAGGGAGGAGAGGGAGGAAGGAAAGAAGGCGAGUGAGAAAGGAGAGGAAGGAAAGGAAGGAAAGAGGGAGGGGAUGAGAGGAAGGAAAGGGAAGGUAUAAGGCGAGAGUCAGAAUGGGAGGAAGGAAAGAGAAAGGAAGGAAAGAGGGAGGAAAUGAGAGGAAGUAAGGAAAGAAGGCGAGAAUGAGAAAGGAGAGAGAGGAAGGAAGGAGGAGCCGUUCCCCGCCUGCUUGGCCCCUUCUGAGCCUCCCCCUGCGCCUCUUCCUCCUCCUCGUCCUGGUCCUGCAGCAGCCGAAGCCGUGGCCGUGCUGGCCCUGGUGGGCCUGGCUGGCUGCCCUCCCUCCCGGGACAAAAGGGCCCCGCCUCUCCUCGGGGGCCGCCCAGUCAGUCAGCCAGCCAGCCAAGGCGGCAGAGCGAGCUUGUGCGAGGGCUCGGCCUUCUGCAGGAGGAGGAGGAGGAGGAGGACAAGAGCCAGGGCGAGGGGGGCGGAGUGCGCACACGCACACACACACACAGAGCGAGUGAGUGAGUGCCCGCCGGGGGCCUCGGAGGCGGGGCUUCCGCGGGGAGCCAAAGGGCACGAAGGAGCGCGCGCAGGAGCCUCCUCUCCUCUUCUCCUCGCCUUCCUUCCUUCCUUCCUUCCUUCCUCGUCGUCACUCGCUCCGCCUGGCAAGGGCUGCAGGCGGAGGCUCCUGCUCCUCCCCCCUCCCUCCCUCCCCUCUUCCAUUGUAUAAUGCUUCGUGAUCGCCGCAGCCAGAGGAGAGCGGAGGCUUAAAUCCUCCUCCUCCUGCUCCUCCUGCUGCUGCUGCUUCUGCUGCUGGCGCUGCAUUCCCCGCCCCGCUCCUGCUCCUGCUCCUCCGAGGCGAGGAGGGCGACAUAUGGAGCAGCAGCCGCCGCCGCCGCCGCAAGAUUAGGAAGGAGAGCAGGGAGCCGCGCCGACCCCGAUGCUGUAGUUCUCAGCAGGCACUGCAUGGGAUAUAUGUUGGGGAAAGGAGGAAAGCGGAAGUUUGAUGAGCAUGAAGAUGGGCUGGAAGGCAAAGUGGUGUCUCCGACUGAUGGUCCAUCUAAGGUGUCUUACACCUUACAGCGCCAGACUAUCUUCAACAUUUCCCUUAUGAAACUUUAUAACCACAGGCCAUUAACAGAGCCAAGCCUACAAAAGACAGUUUUAAUUAACAACAUGUUGAGGCGAAUUCAGGAGGAACUCAAACAGGAAGGCAGCUUGAGGCCUGUGUUCGUCGCCCCUUCGCAGCCUACCGAUCCUCUGGGAGACAACUUCCGAGAGGUUCAGCCUGCCUUUAGCCAUCUGGCCUCGCCGCCAGUCCACCCCACUGACUCAGCAAGCACUACACCACUGGAGUCUUGCCUCACCCCUGCCUCUCUGCUUGAGGAUGACACUUUUUGCACUUCCCAGACUAUCCCCCAUGAUGGUCCUAUGAAACUACCACCUCCAACUGUCCAACCAGUAAAGGACAGCUUCUCCUCGGCCUUGGACGAAAUUGAGGAGCUCUGUCCAACACCUACCUCCACUGAGGCAGUAGUAGCUGCAGUAACAGCAGACACAACGGCAUCAGAUCAUGCUAAGGAGAACGUCAGUGCAUCCUGCAUUCAGAAGUCCGAGGGUGUCCAAGAAAGCAGAAUAAAUGAACCUAAACUGAUGGACUCCUUACCUGGUAAUUUUGAGAUCACAACAUCUACAGGUUUUCUUACAGACUUGACCUUGGAUGACAUUCUCUUUGCUGACAUUGAUACGUCUAUGUAUGAUUUUGAUCCUUGCACAUCUUCUACUGGGGCUGCCUCAAAAAUGGCUCCUGUCUCCGCAGAUGACCUCCUAAAGACGCUGGCUCCUUACAGCACCCAGCCAGUAACCCCCAAUCAGCCUUUCAAAAUGGACCUUACAGAACUGGAUCAUAUAAUGGAGGUGCUUGUUGGGUCUUAAAAAUAUAGCAACUUCUUAAAAUGUACCAGUAUCAACACUUGGUAGUAUUUUCACAGCCACCCGCCCCCCUCCUUACAGACCUUCCCAGACAGACAGACACACACCCACACACCACCAAGCAUGAAUCUUUGCCUGUCUUCUCUCCUUUUUUUUUUAAUGAUCACACUAGUUUUUGCUUCAAGCAGAGUUGGAGUGCCUUCAUCCAUUUAUGACCACUUUAAAUAUUUUUUUGAAAGUGGUUCCUCAAGGGAGACAUGAAAUCCUGAUAUAGGGGAAAAUGCAUAUUGUAAACAAUAUUGAUACGAUUGACAGAAAGAAAAAAAGAAUUGUAAAAGCUAAGCACAAGGAUUAUGUUGGGGAAAAGCUGUAAAUUGCAUGUGCAUAUUUGUCUAUUUUUUCUAUAAGUUUUAUUGCAAGAGGUUAAAAUAUUAUUUAGAUAAUCGCAGUACCUUUUUGGCAUUUUAGCCCUCUCUAGAUUGACUUAGCAAUUCAGCCUUUUUAGAGGUGUUAAUGAUUCCUCUUUAAAUGUUGCAUUUACAUGGCUCUUUAGAAAACUGCUACCCAAAUUUAUUUUAUAUUUUUGUACAGAUUCUGCAAUUUAUGAUAUUGAGGGGUCUUUUCUUAAAAAAAGAAAAUAAAAAAACAAAAGAAAAUGCUGUUUAUACUCUCUCACACACACAAAAAGGAAAUAGCUAUUUUGGUAGGAUUUGCUCACCCAGUUCCUGCAUACACCUUCUGAUGUACAAGAACUGCUUGUAGUUUUAUACAGACUUGUAGUGUUUUAUACGUGUAUAAUGGUGCAAAGAGAAAUUUGGAUCAAAUCAGUCUGCAGUUGGCCUCCCUCAUGGAGACACACGCACUUGAAGGAAAAGGCCAAGGGCUCUUCCUCUUACAAGUUUCACAAAUAUUUACUCCCUGCUGCUGCAUACUACUGUGAUUAACAAAAACCUUAGAGCCAUGUAUAUUCCAACACUGAUGUCAAACAGUUGGCAGGAAAUAGCUGUGAAACUUCAUUAUGAUUAUAUUCCCUCCUCCUUUCUCCCAUCCCACAAUUACCAAGACUCCUUUUCUGAAGUUUUUUUAGAAAAUGAAAAAUAGACUUCAGCCACAGCGCAGCACAGCGUUCCGUGCCCCUCCACGUGUAUUGGUUUGGAUCCUAACUUUUUGCCUCCUACAUGGUGGGAGGGUUGUAGUCAUGGAAAUAUCCUUUUUUGAAUGCAACCCUCUUCCUAUUGCAGCAGGAAAAGUUAGAAUUCAGCCUGGAGAAAUCAGUGGCCUUAAGCAUACUUAACUCUUUUUUGGGAUGUGGCCAUUGUAUUUGCAUCUGGUUUUAGAAUGUCAUAAUACAGCAAAUAGUAAUCCGAUUUAAAUGUCAGCAUAACUAUCAUAAGGCUGUAGCAGUUAAUUUUUGUUUUGUGUUUCGUCUCAAACAAAAGUCCCAUUUCCUUUUGGCUGCGUAUUGGCCAACCUUGCUUAAAAGUAAGUUGCGUUGAGUGGAGCUUCCUGGCAGGGAAAUUCAUUGAAGUCUAGAGGAAAUCUCCCCCUUUCCCUUCUGGUAUAAUGCAAACAUACCUUGUUCCUUUGAUUUAGUCUUAUGAUUACUCUUACUCUUUUCUUGGGACGUUAUUGUUAUUGUUAUUAUCACUACUCACUGUGUUGACAAGUGCUGAAAAAAAGGCAACUUCAGUAUUAUUGCAGUGAAAUCAUCUCUUUUUGGCAUUGGAUGGACUCACUCAAAUAUCCAUUGCUGUCAGAACUGGAGCCUGGUCAUAUUAUGGACACUUGGUAUUUUCUCUGGGGUUGGUUUCCUGACUCAAGUGUGUUACCUGCUUUACACUUUACAAGGCCUAUUUUACAAUGUAUAGACAACUGCAACUCUCUAUGCAUGUUUCCUUCCCACCGAAGUCUUCUCAUUGCUGCACUUGUUGCCAAUUUUUUUCCUCUGUAUUCAUUAUGAUGUACAUUUAUUUUAAAGAAAACAUGUUAUCAUGCCUGUUGCUGAAACUGUUAUGGUAUAUGAAUUUAAAUGGUACUUAAUUGAGUGCAGGUUACAAACUAUAUUGUUGAUAUGCAUAUGGCUUCUUUAGGAAUAACUUUUAUAUUUAUUUAAGAAAUUUUAAAUUAUGUUUUAUGUAAUUUGGCAAUAUUCAGUCGGUUCUGCUCACUUCUUGUCAUGGAUAAAAAGAUUGGGUCUUGUCUGUCUCUAGGUAGACAGCUGUAUAAAACUGGCACUUUAGAACAGGCCAUAUCUAUUUAUUUAAAUACAUGUAAUGUAUUAUGUGUAAGGCACACACAACUCCUCAUUCCUAUACAAACCUAUGUGAAAAUUAGAGAAUUGCUCAUCAGUUUUUAGCAUUUUGUCCCUCAUCAGUGCAGCAGCAUGUUCACAAAAUGAAUUCUUGAAGUUGUCCUUAUUGGAAAACAUUUUUGUCCAUUUCCAGUAUUGGAGGAAGUGGAGCAGAGAAAAGUCAGUGUUUUUAAUCGCAAGGUGUAGUAAUUUAUAUAGGUAGCCAGAUGCUGUGUGCAGGGACGUCUUCUUCUGUGUUACUUUGGAAGGCACCAACUAUCAUUGUGAAACACCCUAUCUCAUAAAGACCUUGUAGUGGUGCCGAUUGCCAUGCCUCCUCCCCAUAUACCUCCCCCCCCCCAAUACCUGUGUUUAUAACAUGAAACACAAUGGUGACCUAAAUGGGAAGUAAAAACAACUCACUUCUAGUUUCCAAAGUGUAUUCUGCCAGAUUAGUUGGCAGGGAUUGAUGGGCAAGAUCCUAGUAGCACCUUGGGUAUUGAUACUAUAGGAUAUUUAACCAUGGUCCUAGGAUACAUCAGGCUGUUACACAGCUCUACAAUGUCUCAAAUAUGUAUUUGUACUCCUUUGAAUCAGACUAAAGUUCGUGCAGUUGCAAAACUUGUUAAGAAAAACUUUUAAGCAAACGUCAUACUUUUACAGUCACUAGAAACUGAUUUUGCACUUAACAUAGAAACAACUGCCCUCUCCUCUGGACUUGCCAAUUGAGUGUUUAAAUAAGUACCAUAUGUUAGGCAAAUGUUCAAAUGAACACCAUUUUAGAGCAAAGCAGCCAGUUUGUUUUUCAGGCACUAACCUAACUCUGCAUAGUAAAUCUAUUUGGAGCAUCGAAGUUGCAGUCAGUCAUCUUAGCACAUCCUUUGGGACAAAUUGGUGAUAAUUGUGGCAGGCAAUGCAACUAUUUGUCACAAUUGUACACCAGAAUUACACAUUUUCCUUUCCCUCCCAUCCCCAAAAACACAAAUGUUGUGGAAAUGUUUUUGACACUCUCGUGCAAUGAAGUGACAAGAGGCGAGCAGAAUUAAAAUGAGCUUUUUUGGAAUUUGAAGUGAUUUUUUUCCAUUUUGUUUUCCAUAAGUUAUUUAUUCCUUUUUGUUUUCCUUUUGUACAUAUAUUUAUUUUAUUGUGAAGCUAACAACAUCUGGAUUGUAACAUGUACAGAAUGUAUGGUAGGAAUGUAUUCUCUUGUAGGAAUGUAAAUCCUUUCAAGAGGGGUGUGAGAGGUUUGGAGAUAUUAACUGGGUUCUGUUUAGGAUACAUGCCGUUUGCAAGAUCACUCCUCCCCCCCCCCCCCCAAACCCAUGUCCACUUUUCUCUCCUGUGAGUAGAUCUGGUUGGAUAAGACUUAUGCAAAAAAAGGUUUAUAAACUUAGUUGUAAAAACAAAGCUAUUUUGUAUUGUUCGUGUCUUUUAAAAUGGCCAGAUCCUAUUUUGCUCAACAAAAUAUAGCCUUUAUUUUAAUGGUAAUCGGUGACAUCACCCUUCUUCAGUGCAAUCCUAUAUCUGUUCAGCCAGAAACAAGUCCCACUGAAUUUAGUGAGAUUUAUUUUCAGGUAAGCAGCUAUAGGAGGCAUGGGCAAACUUCAGCCCUCCAGGUGUUUUGGACUUCAAUUCCCACAAGUCCUAACAGCUGAUAAGCCGGCAGGAAUUUCUGGGAGCUGAAGUUCAAAACACCUGGAGGGCCAAAGUUUGCCCAUGCCUGAGCUAUAGGAUUGCAGCCUUCGAGACCUAAAGCAAUCUGUUCUCAACAACUGGUAGGUUGAAUUGUGUCAAGGGAUCCCCAUAAAACAGGCUGUGUUUAACCUUUCUCUCCCUCCUGCCAGGGGGUGCCAGUAGAUUUGGGUGCCACACACAGAAAGAUACAGCAAGACCCAGCAGAAUAAUCUGGCUUCCCAGUCAGCAGGGUAUAGCAGGGCAGGCGAGCCAGUUUCAUGCCAGCUUCCAAUCCACACAAUUAAGUUACUCAUGUGACAAAACAAUCUCAUGUUGCAGCCAAUGAAAAAUGGCACACUUGUCAGGAGCCAUUGGGAUUAGGAAAUUGCGUGCUCCUCAGCUGGACUGGCACCACUGAGGCAGCUUGGUUUCCAUUUCUCAGGUUAAUCUCAAAAUGUCACUCAUUAUUGUUAGGGAGUUACACUGGAAAGGAGGACUUUGGCACAGAUAUAUUCACCUAGCACAUAAAAGCAAACAAGUUGGUGUGCAUUCAUCUCCUACCUUUCCUUUUUUUUAUUUUGAGGGACAAGACAGGAUAACAAACAUGACAUGCCUCAAAGAUUGCAUGUUCAGAAGUAUUUUCUUGAGAAGGCUUUUUAAAAUAGUGUGUAAUGGCAGUGCAGGCGCAGCACUUUGUGGACCACUCUCAUUGUCUGGCUCACCAAGUUAAGCUGCCUUGUUAGGCAUAAAACUGAGCAGUGUCAAAUUCAGAAUAGGAAAGAAAAGGUGUCUGUCUGGCAAAGGGAUUUUGAGGUCUGUCCCCUACUUGGAUAGCCUACUUGGAUUUGUGCUUUUCCAGACCUGUGUUCACGGAGCCUAUAUGGGUCAGAGAUGCUGUAUUUCUUCCAUUCUAAGACAUACUUUUUCCUAUAUGAACAACUCUAAAAUGUGUGUUUGAGAAUCACAGGUGUAUCUCACAUAUUUUUUUCUUGGAUGGUGGUGUUACUGAAAUUAGAGCGUGUCUUGAAAUAAAUGAUGUCUUAUAAUUGGAGAAAUACAGUAAUGAGUAAAAGUCAUUUCAGCAUGUAAACAAUGUCCCCAUUGUCCAUAGGAGUGUGUCCCUGUACACCACUCUGUCUCCAAUUUAAAAGGAAAUGGCUAAUAAAAAUUUGGGGUUUCCUAUUGAAAGUAUAAUAGACACAGUUUCCAGUGGCUUACUAAAGCGGGUUUUGAGGCAGAAUUAAGUAGUGCUGACAAACAUAACUCUUACUUAGAAAGUUACGAGUUGCUUGAAAUCCAGCCUAUCUCUUCCACCUUUUAAAGAGCAGUUGAACAAAAAAGGGGCAAAAGGGUGAUAGUUUUGUAUUUACACUACAGAACCUGAUUUCACUGUGGCAUGUUGACAUACAUAGAGGCAUCAGUUCUUCCUAGAGAAAUCGUUCCGUGUGGAAAGCAGUUCUCAGGGCCCUCACCAAUGUUUGAUUUGCAGGAUUCUUUAGGGGAAGACAUGACAGCUGGUACACAUCACUAUCCAUUUGUAGAGUAGCACCAUCUGUGCCCUCUGAUUUAUACUUUGUUGCCUGGAACAGGCUGUGCAGCUGCUUUCCAACACUGUGCUCAAGCAUACUUGGCUGGUGGGCACGAAUGUGGCACUCUGGGGACUUUGUGGGGUGAGGAGCCCAGUCACCAUCAUAGCCAAUGCCAUGCAGGACGGAGACUCCAGCAUAGAAAACUGAUGCCAUAAACUACCUUUACUAGCUCUGGCUGCUGAUGUCUACACAACCAUUCAAAGUUACCAUCUUGAGACUCAAUUAUUACCAGUUUGAGAAUAAAUUGUACUCGUAUCAUUUUCCCUACUGUCUUAUAGAACCUGGCAUGAAAAUUGUAAAUUUACAAUUGGAAAAAAAAUUAAAAAAUGUAAAAUCCACUCCACUGAUAAAGGGGGUCAUUGGCUGUAGAAUAUAAUUGUGUCUCUAAAAACAAUAACAACAGAAGUCAACAGGAUCUUGCUGUUAUAAAAAUUCCCGUGCUUAUAAUAUUAUGGCUAAAUUAUUUUUGGAAAUUUUAGCUUAUUUUAUAGCUUUUUGUUUUCAAUGUUACAUGAAAAAUGAUCCUAACGUGAAUUUUGGAUUUGUUAAAAAAUUAAAUCUUGUAGAUGCUUAACGGUAUAAUCCAUACUAGACUCUCUAAAGGGAGAGAUUCUGGCGAGGCAGGAAAGCAAGAAGGUGUAAAUAGUCUGAUACAUUUGGUGCAUAGUUUUAAAACGAAAAGAAGGCUGUAUUUUCUCCCAUCCCCCCUCCCCCCCUCUCCCAACCACAGACCUUAGAGCUGUGCCUUUUCUAUGCAAUAUUACAGACAUAUACAUCUGAAACCAGAUUACUGUAUUCACUUGUAGGUAUGAGCUGUAAUCAAAAAUACAGUUGGGCAAAUUACAUGGAAAUGAGCAGUCUUACUUUUGUAGUUUUAUAUUAUACAAUAAACAGUUAAAAAAAGAAACAAA